AUGGAGAAUUACCAGAAGAUCGAGAAAAUCGGAGAGGGAACCUACGGUGUUGUUUACAAGGCCCGUGAGCUCACACAUCCUAACCGCAUUGUCGCCUUGAAAAAGAUUCGGUUGGAGGCAGAAGAUGAAGGUGUUCCAAGCACGGCCAUCCGUGAGAUUUCCUUAUUGAAGGAAAUGAGCGACCCCAACAUUGUACGACUCCUCAAUAUUGUUCAUGCAGAUGGCCACAAACUGUACCUCGUUUUUGAGUUCCUGGACCUGGACCUCAAGAAAUACAUGGAGGCUCUCCCUGUAAGCGAAGGUGGACGUGGCAAAGCACUCCCGGAUGGCUCUGGACUAAGCAAGAGUAUGGGACUUGGGGAAGCCAUGGUCAAGAAAUUCAUGGCUCAGUUGAUUGAGGGAAUUCGCUAUUGCCACAGCCACCGUAUCUUGCAUCGAGAUCUCAAGCCUCAGAACCUCUUGAUCGACCGUGACGGCAACCUGAAACUGGCAGACUUCGGACUAGCAAGAGCUUUCGGUGUUCCAUUGAGAACAUACACCCAUGAGGUUGUGACAUUGUGGUAUCGCUCUCCCGAAAUUCUCCUGGGUGGACGCCAGUACUCUACUGGUGUUGACAUGUGGUCUUGUGGAGCUAUCUUUGCAGAGAUGUGCACUCGAAAGCCCCUUUUCCCUGGAGAUUCCGAAAUUGAUGAAAUCUUCAAGAUUUUCCGACUUCUUGGUACACCGGACGAAGUUGCCUGGCCCGGCGUCACCUCCUUCCCCGACUAUAAGCCGACCUUCCCCAAGUGGAAGCGAGAAGAAACCCGCGCACUCGUUCCUGGCUUAGAAGAAAACGGUCUUGAUCUUCUAGAUGCCCUUCUCGAAUACGAUCCAGCACGGCGUAUCUCUGCUAAGCAGGCCUGCAUGCAUCCAUACUUCCAGUACGGUAGCUCUCACUAUUCCGGUCGCACCCGCAGGCACUAA